AUGGCACACGGCGACUCGGAUACAGACCACCGCAGACGCCGAAGUAGGGACCCCGAAGCACACCAUAGACGACACAGGAAGAGGAGACACAGCAAGCAUGGCACCGGCGAACCCACAUCUGCCCCGGAAGCAUCUUCGCAAGGCACGGGCCAGAGGUUGUCCAUGGGCGCCCUUGCGCAAUUGAACGAACACAACGCCCGGGGCAUCUCCCAAGAACCACCCAAAGAACCGGAACGGAGGCCAAAGCGAGACCGGCUGCGGCGGGAGUCGUACCGCGUCGUCGAUGCCGAGUACGAUCCGCCCAGGAGGGAGCGGCGCCGGAGAGACAACGAUUACGAGCAAUCGGGAGGGGAAAACGACCGGUCGAGGAGAGAACGUCGGCGCAAGGAGGAGUACCGGGAAGAAGGCGGAUACGAAUCGCGGGAGCGGGACUGGGACCAGGAACGAGACCGUCGCCGCCGCCGACGAGCAGCCAACGCAGAAUCGGGGGACGAAGUUGAGGAUAGGCCCCGAGAGAGAGAAUCGAGAUCCCGCAAGAAAGAUCGGAGGGUGGUCAGCGGUGCCGUCGCCGAGGAAGGCAGGGCGAUUCCGGGCAUACGCGGCGGCGGCGCGAGAAAGCACGACAGCUACGACAGCUACGACAGUAUAUCGAACGAGAAGUCGGCCGUGGUCGACUACAAACCCGUGUGGUACCGGAAAAAGAAGAGGUGGAUCGUGGCCGGCGUCGCGCUCGGCGUGCUCAUCAUCGUCAUCGUGGUGGCCGUUGUCGUGAGCAAGAAGAAUGCGGCGGCGGCGGCGGGAGGACGCAACAGGUCCGGGCUGCAGGACGUCUCGCAGGACAGCAUCCCGGCCGCGGCCAAGGGCACGUACCUCGACCCGUUCACGUGGUACGACACGACCGACUUCAACGUGACCUACACGAACGAGACCGUCGGCGACCUGCCCGUGAUGGGCCUCUUCUCCGACUGGGACGACGCGGUGGCGGCCAACGACAAGGUGCCGGCGCUCGACGAGGACUGGGGCGACUACGCGGCGCGGCCGGCGCGCGGCGUCAACCUCGGCGGCUGGCUCUCGCUCGAGCCCUUCAUCACGCCGUCGCUGUUCGCGUACGACGCGCGGCUCGGCAUCGUCGACGAGGCGUCGCUGUGCCGCCACCUCGGCCCCAAGACGGCCGCGGCGACGCUCGAGCAGCACUACGCCACCUUCGUGACCGAGCAGACCUUCGCCGACAUCCGCGCCGCCGGGCUCGACCACGUCCGCAUCCCCUACAGCUACUGGGCCGUCGAGACCUACGGCGACGACCCCUUCGUCUUCCGCACCUCGUGGCGCUACCUCCUGCGCGCCAUCGAGUGGUCCCGCCGCCACGGCCUGCGCGUCAACCUCGACCUGCACGCGCUGCCCGGCAGCCAGAACGGCUGGAACCACAGCGGCCGCCAGGGCCCCGUCGGCUGGCUCAACGGCACCGACGGCGCGCUCAACGCGCGCCGCUCGCUCGACGUGCACGACCGGCUGACGCGGUUCUUCGCGCAGCCGCGGUACCGGCGCGUCGUCGCCUUCUACGGGCUCGCCAACGAGCCGCGCAUGGUGUCGCUGUCGGCGGACGCGGUGGAGGCGUGGACGGCGGACGCGUACGACCUGGCGCGGCGCAACGGGCUCGCGGACGCGCACGUCGUCUUCGGCGACGGCUUCAUGGGGUUGGCCAACUGGCAGGGCAAGCUGGCGGGGCGCGCCGGGCUCGUGCUCGACGUGCACCAGUACGUCAUCUUCAACAACGACCAGAUCGUCUUCCCGCACCGCGACAAGGUCCGCUACGCCUGCGCCGGCUGGUCCGAGCAGACCCGCCUCAGCAUGGACCCCGCCACCGGCUUCGGCCCCACCAUGUUCGCCGAGUGGUCCCAGGCCGACACCGACUGCGCCCGCCACCUCACCAACGUCGGCUGGGGCAACCGCUGGACCGGCACCUACGCCUCCGGCAACGCGUCCACCGAGGCCCUCACCCCCAAGUGCCCCGCGCGCGACGCCUCGUGCAGCUGCGCCGAGGCCAACGCCGACCCCAGCGCGUACAGCGACGAGUACCGCCGCUUCCUCAAGAUGUUCGCCGAGGCCCAGAUGGUCUCCUUCGAGAAGGGCUGGGGCUGGUGGUACUGGACCUGGGACACCGAGGACGCGCCCCAGUGGAGCUACAAGAAGGGCCUCGCGGCCGGCAUCCUGCCCGCCAAGGCCUACGACAAGGACUUCAACUGCGACAGCGAGGUGCCCGACUUCGCCGGCCUCAGCGAGACGUUCUGA